CCCCACUGCAUAAAAUCCCUCCUUUAUUUCCAUUCAUCCAAACCCACACCCAGAAAGAAACCCGACAAAGAAGUUCCUUUCCGCUGAUAUUCGCCUUUGGUUCAGUGAAAUGGCGGAGCUUGAUAUAACGUCACCGCUUCUCUCUUCUCCAUCUUCGUAUCAACCUCAGACUGUCCUCACUGUCCACGACUACCAAGACUCCGAACCCUCCAAUCUACAAUCUUCCCUCCCAACCACCGUUCUUCAUCAGAAUCACAAUCACGGUCGAACCCGCAACGAGAAUGGACACCACAGCUCUCCGAAUCCUUACGAGUUUCUGAGGUCUGGCGGGUUUUCGGUUCCUGCAUCCACCACUGUUGACCCGUUUCGGAACGAGACGCCGUUUAUUUCCGGGAUUUACGAAGUAAUAAAGAUCGUACUAUGUUUGCCGAUUGCUUUAGCGAGGUUAGUCCUGUUUGGGGCGUCUUUGGUAGUAGGUUAUAUGGCGACCAAGGUUGCGUUAGCGGGGUGGAGGGAUAAGCAAAACCCAAUGCCCAAAUGGAGGUGUAGACUCAUGUGGGUCACUAGGGUUUGCGCUCGCUUUAUUUUAUUCUCUUUUGGUUAUCAUUGGAUUAGAAGAAAAGGAAAACCAGCUCCGAGGGAGAUUGCUCCAGUUGUUGUAUCUAAUCAUGUAUCAUAUAUUGAACCAAUUUUUUAUUUCUAUGAAUUAUUUCCAACAAUUGUUGCCUCAGAGUCCCAUGAUUCGAUACCCUUUGUUGGAACUAUUAUUAGGGCAAUGCAGGUGAUAUAUGUCAAUAGAUUCUCACCAACAUCAAGAAAGAAUGCUGCAAAUGAAAUAAAGAGAAGGGCUUCAUGUAAUGUAUUUCCUAGAGUGCUACUAUUUCCUGAGGGAACUACGACUAACGGAAAGGCCCUUAUUUCUUUCCAACUUGGUGCAUUCAUUGCUGGUCAUCCAAUUCAACCCAUAAUUGUUCGUUAUCCUCAUGUACACUUUGAUCAAUCUUGGGGGUUUAUUUCUUUGCCUAAGCUCAUGUUUAGAAUGUUUACUCAGUUUCACAAUUUUAUGGAGGUAGAGUAUCUUCCUCUCAUUAUGCCCUCUGAUCAUCAAAAACAAAAUGCUGUCCGCUUUGCUGAGAGGACUGGUCGAGCUAUGGCAAGUGCACUCAAUGUUGUACAAACAUCUCAUUCUUAUGGGGAUUUAAUGCUUCUCAUGAAAGCUGCUCAGCUACAACAGGAAAAGCCCUGGAUUUAUAUGGUUGAAAUGGCCAGAAUUGAAUCGCUAUACCACAUAAGCAGCUUGGAGGCCGUGGACUUUCUGGAUAAGUUUCUUUCCAUGAAUCCAGACCCCAGUGGCUGUGUUAAACCUCAUGAUUUUUUAAGGGUUCUACAACUAAAGGCUUGUACACUUUCUGAAGAGAUUUUUGGGUUCCUUGAUGUGGAGAAGAAUGGAUCCAUUACAUUUAAGCAGUUCUUAUUUGGAUCAGCUCAUGUUCUGAAGCUGCCACUCUUCAGGCAAGCAUGUGAACUAGCCUUCGCUGAAUGUGAUACAGAUGGAGAUAACUUUUGUACGAAGAAAGAAUUGGCAGAUGUUCUUAGACACACAUUUCGGGAGCUGGAUGAUGAUGAGGUCCAAGGGCUGUUCAAUCUAUUUGAUACGGACAACGAUGGGAGAAUGAGCAGAGAUGAUUUCUUUUACUGCCUGAGGAAGAACCCAUUGGUGAUAGCAAUUUUCUCACCCAGGUUGCUGCGUAAAAACUUGUCAAAAGCUGGCGAUAAGAUGUUGGAGGAUAUUGUUUGAUGGGGUGGAUGAGCCAUGCUGAUGCAGUUGAUAAGAUUUUUGUGUACUAGUAUGUUGUUUAACUUGUUCUGUACGUUGCUCACUUGGUCCCAAUACAUGCUAUCUAUUAAAUAAAUGCGUUGGUACUUAAUUUUCCUCUUAAAAA